AUCUGCACACCUGCUGAGGGCCCAGGGUGACUGUGCUGCAGGUGGUCUGGCCCUGGCACUUGGAGAGAUACUGUGGCUGCCCGCCGUUGGGGUAGAGAGGCAUGUGUCUCUGCCCACCAGUGACCUGCCUGCUCCAGAGGCCGGAGAGACCCGGAGCUGCGGAGGGGACCAGAGCCCCUGCAGCGGGCCGAUGCCCGUGGUGGGCCCCUUCUGUACCUUCUCCCAUUUCAGCCUCACAGUUUCUCCAAGGAAGGGGUUCUUUUAUUCUCGCCUUUCAGGAAGGCCUAUGUAUGUUUUUCAGGAGUUGAGCCUCCCACAUGCUUUUAAUAGGGAUGUGGGAGGAUUAAGCAGUGACCCAAGAAAUUGAGUUUCUGUGAUUUUUGGUUUGGUCCUCAGGCUUCUCUAUUAAGUAGGAAGCUCUCAAGAGAGAAGUGUUGACUUGCCAAGUGUACAGGUUUAAUCAAAUUCAAACAAGGAAAAAGCCCUUCGUGGGAGACAGAUUUUAGCUGGAGGGGAUCGCCUUCUCCUUUGUCCUACCCGUUUGGGCAGGUGAAUACCCAGACAAGAGUCCCAUUUCCUCUUCAUCCUCCAUCUGUCCCCUCUGCUGCUCUCACCGCCAAGUUCUCAUCACUGGACACUUACUCACGGUUCGACAGAGGUCACGUGCUAACUAAGCAGGACGUGGCCAUGCUGUGUGGCCAGCGUGACUCAGCCUUCUCCCCACUGCAGGUCGGUGGAGGUUGCCUGGAAUACCUCGGCAAGCUCUGUGCUGUCCCCGUGACGUGCUUUUGGACACUCCUGAUGUCACUAUGAACAAGACCGUAGUGCACUUAAGAAAAGGGAAUGGGAGCGGAGGAAUCAAGAAGUGCAGCAAGAAGACGAUCUCUUUUCUUCCGGCUUUGAUCUUUUUGGGGAGCCCUACAAGACAAACAAAGGUGAUGCACUUGCCAACCGAGUCCAGAACACGCUGGGAAACUAUGAUGAAAUGAAGGAUUUGCUAACUAACCAUUCUAAUCAGAAUCAUCUAGUGGGAAUCCCAAAGAAUCCCGUGCCCCAGACUCCCAUCAACAAAAAUGAAUCGAGCUUUUUUCCAGAACAAAAGAACCGAAUGAUCCCACCUCACCAGGAUAACACUCACUCCUCGGCACCAACGCCUCCACCUUCUGUUGUGAUACUGAAUUCAACUCUAAUCCACAGCAACAGGAAAUCCAAACCUGAGUGGCCCCGAGAUAGUCAUAACGCUAGCAUUGUCCCGGCCAGCCAGGCCGGGAGUCAGCCAAACAAGAUGCAGCCAGCAACACAGGACCCGCCCCCAGCCAGACUGGAAGACUUCUUUGUCUACCCAGCUGAGCAGCCUCAAGCUGGAGCAGUUGAAGAGUCCAACCCAGCUGCAAAAGAAGACAGUAAUCUCAAAUCCAGUGGAGGGGAUACUUUCAAAGAAAUCUUUCAAUCCAACUCCCCAGAAGAAUGUGAAUUCACAGUGCAGGCGCCGGGCUCCCCCCUAGUUGCCUCCUCUUUAUUAGCUCCCAGCAGUGGCCUUUCCGUUCAAAACUUCCCACCAGGGCUUUACUGCAAAACAAGCAUGGGGCAGCAGAAACCAACCGCGUAUGUCAGACCCAUGGAUGGUCAGGACCAAGCACCGGACAUCUCUCCCACGCUGAAACCUUCUAUUGAAUUCGAGAACAGCUUUGGGAAUCUGUCGUUUGGAUCACUCUUGGAUGGAAAGCCCACUGCACCCAGUUCAAAGACUAAACUGCCAAAGUUCACGAUUCUCCAAACAAGUGAAGUAAGCCUUGCCAGUGAUUCAAGCUGUGUUGAAGAAAUCUUGCGGGAGAUGACCCAUCCCUGGCCUACUCCUCUUACUGCCAUGCACACUCCCGGAAACUCUGAGCAGAGCACAUUUCCCAUCCCGGGACAGGAAUCCCAACAUCUGACCCCAGGAUUCGCCUUACAAAAGUGGAGUGACCCGACCAGCAGAGCUUCUGCAAAGAUGCUGGAAGAUGACCUGAAGCUGAGCAGUGAUGAAGAUGACCUUGAGCCUGUGAAGACCUUGAGCACUCAGUGCACUGCCACUGAGCUCUACCAGGCUGUUGAAAAGGCAAAACCUAAGAACAAUCCUGUGAACCCACUCUUGGCCACACCUCAGCCCCCCACUGCCGUGCCAGCCAGUGGGGCGUCUGGCAGCUCCAGUGACUCGGACAGCAGCUCAGAGUCCGACUCAGACACAGAAAGCAGCAGCACUGACAGCGAAUCCAAUGAGGCGCCACGCAUGGCCACCCCAGAGCCUGAGCCGCCCUCCACCAACAAGUGGCAGUUGGACAAAUGGCUUAACAAAGUGACAUCCCAGAACAAGUCGUUUAUAUGUAGCCAAAAUGAAACGCCCAUGGAGACGAUUUCUGUGCCUCCUCCGAUCAUCCAACCAAUGGAAGUCCAGGUCAAGGUGAAGACAAAUCCCAGCCAGGUCCUGCCUGAACCCAAAGAGAGGCCUCUCCUCAGUCUCAUCAGGGAGAAAGCCCGUCCACGGCCCACCCCGAAAACACCAGAAACAAAGGCUUUGAAGCAUAAAUUGUCGACAGCUCUGGAGACAGCUUCUCCAAGGACAAUUGGGAAAAAACAGCCCAAAAAGGUCGAGAAGAACACCAGCAUUGAGGAAUUUACCUGGCCCAAACCAAAUAUUACCAGCAGUACUCCCAAAGAAAAGGAAAGUGUGGAGUUUCCUGACCCCCCGAGAGGCCGCAGCAAAGCCACUGCCCACAAGCCGGUCCCCAGGAAAGAACCGAGGCCGAACAUCCCCUUGGCUGUCGAGAAGAAGAAGUACCGAGGGCCUGGCAAGACGGUGCCGAAGUCCCGGGAAUUUAUUGAAACCGAUUCAUCUACGUCUGAUUCCAACACAGAUCAGGAAGAGACCCUCCAGAUCAAAGUCCUGCCUCCUUGCGUGGCUCCUGGGGGCAAUCCUGCCAAAUCCAAGGAAAGCUGCGGGGCCAGCCUGACCCUCAGCACCUUAAUCAGCAGCGGCAACAGCAACAACCCCUCCAUCACUAACGAGGAGCCGGCUUUUUCACCCGUCCCCGUCAUGCAAACCGAGCUGCUGUCUCCACUCCGAGAGCAUGAGAAUCUGAAAAAUCUCUGGGUGAAGAUUGACCUUGACCUACUGUCUCGAGUGCCUGGCCACAACUCACUCCCAGCAGCGCCAGCCAAGCCAGACCACAAGGAGCCAGCCUCCAAGCCCAAGCGGCAGACCGCGGCCGCGGCGGCCGAGAAGCCCGCCCCCAAGGGCAAGCGUAAGCACAAGCCAGCAGAAGUUGCGGAGAAAAUCCCUGAGAAGAAGCAGCGCCUGGAGGAGGCCGCCACCAUCUGCCUGCUUCCGCCUUGCAUCUCACCAGCUCCACCCCACAAGCCUCCCAGCGCUAAAGAAAAUAAUUCAUCCAGGAGAGCAAAUAGAAGAAAAGAAGAAAAGCUGUUUCCUCCUCCACUUUCCCCUCUGCCAGAGGACCCUCCCCGCCGCAGGAACAUCAGCGGCAGUAAUGGUCCCUUCGGUCAAGACAAAAGCAUCCCGGUGAUUGGACAGAUCACCUCGACCAAACCUAAGAGGAGUGAAGGCAAAUUCUGCGCAACUUUCAAAGGGAUAUCUGUAAAUGAGGGAGACACUCCAAGAAAGGCAGCCUCUGCCACCGUCACUGUCACCAACACUGCUAUUGCCACUGCCACUGUCACUGCUACUGCCAUUGUCACCGCCACUGUCACAGCCACUGCCACAGCCACUGCCACGGCCACUACCACAACCACUACCACUACCAUUUCCACCAUCACCUCUACCAUCACUACUGGCCUCAUGGAUAGCAGUCACCUGGAGAUGACAUCCUGGGCGGCCCUGCCCCUUCUGUCCAGCAGCACCACCAGUGUCCGGAGACCCAAGCUCACUUUUGAUGACUCGGUUCACAAUGCUGAUUAUUACAUGCAAGAGGCUAAAAAGCUGAAGCACAAAGCUGACGCACUGUUCGAGAAAUUUGGCAAAGCCGUGAAUUAUGCCGACGCAGCCCUGUCCUUCACCGAAUGUGGCAAUGCCAUGGAGCGCGACCCCCUGGAAGCGAAGUCUCCCUAUACCAUGUACUCUGAGACCGUGGAGCUCCUCAGGUAUGCGAUGAGGCUGAAGAACUUUGCAAGCCCCCUGGCUUCGGAUGGGGACAAAAAGCUGGCAGUCCUCUGCUACAGGUGCUUAUCGCUCCUCUACCUGCGGAUGUUCAAACUGAAGAAGGACCAUGCUAUGAAGUACUCCAGAUCCCUGAUGGAGUAUUUUAAGCAAAACGCUUCAAAAGUCACUCAGAUACCAUCUCCAUGGGUAGGCAAUGGAAAGAACACCCCGUCCCCGGUGUCUCUCAACAACGUCUCUCCCAUCAACGCCAUGGGGAACUGUAACAACGGCCCGGUCACCAUCCCCCAGCGCAUUCACCACAUGGCCGCCAGCCACGUCAACAUCACUAGCAACGUCUUACGGGGCUACGAGCACUGGGACAUGGCCGACAAACUGACAAGAGAGAACAAAGAAUUCUUUGGCGACCUGGACACGCUGAUGGGGCCCCUGACUCAGCACAGCAGCAUGACCAAUCUCGUCCGCUACGUUCGCCAGGGACUGUGCUGGCUGCGCAUCGACGCCCAUUUGUUGUAGUGGGUGCUCCCCGUCUGCAGCCCCACCGCCCAUCACUCUACCUCUACCAGAGCACCCUCGGUCGCUGGUGGAACACCACUCAUUGGGAAAGUUCUCUUUGAUUGUGUUUGUUUUUCUGCUUCUUUUGCUAUCUGUGAAAAACAGAAGUCAUUGUCAGUGGACACUACAACUUGAGCGCAGUGUAUCUUUUAUGACUUAGUCAGUUUUCAAUAUUUUAUAUGCAUUUCUCAGCUCCCACCAUCCUUUUGUGCUUGAUGGAAUGACACAGUCCUUACAGUAUUGUUUUAGGUCCACACUACCCCAAACAAAGAAUGGAAAGCAAUUGUGAUGGCAGGUUCCUGAGAAGUGAGACGGAAUGUCAUAUAUAUAUAUAUGUCGUAUGCCAUAUAUAUGUAUGGAGGUGAACACAGACACAGAGGACCUGCAAAGAUUCCAAUUUUCAGCAGUAGCCAUUCCCCAAACCGUGUUCUUAUGUCCAGACAAGAACGUAGUUCAUAAUCCUUUGUUAAACUUUCGUGGUUCCCACAGACUCAGUUUUCAGAUGAGAAUUUUCCUUGUCGAAACCCACUGGUUAGAUGUUGUAGCAACAUCAUAAAAUCGAGAGUAUUAAGAAAAUGAAUGAGCACAGCGAUGCUGCUCAGAGGCGACACUGCGGCGCACAAGCAGAGGACUUCGGGAUUAGCACCCCUUUCCUGAUUCAUAGCAAUGUCAGUGAUGAGAAGGAGCGGCAACACUGAUUUCGACAACUUCAAGGCAUCCGCUGGAUAAAUCUUUUUGGACUCCAUGACUGGAAGCGUAAAUCCUCACCUGGGAUUCUCUUUGUGGAAAGCUGUCCUCUUGAGGGCAGUUUAGUCGGUGCGCACCCUCGUAGCCAAAAUGCUACACUAGAGAUGUUAGAGGUGUUGGAGAUGAGAGAUAAGAGAGGUCUGGAAACCGUCCAGGAAACACGCACCUCUGCCUCUUUUGCAGGUAGUAGGCAGGUCCAUAACUGGCAGGAUUUUUUAAUUGUAUUUUGUUCAAAUCUCUGGAAACAAAAGACGAGUUGUCACUACCCAGAAGUAAUAACACACAGUCGGCUUCUUAGUGGCUUUAGCAUCUGGACUUCCACAGUUAGUAGCCACAGUUUCUAUUUCGCAGGGUUUCUUUUUUUCUUCUUUCUUUUUCCUUGGCUCUUUCUUUUCUUUUUUUGGCUCAUUCGCUUCUGACUGAAAUACGAUCACUGAUUUUAUUCAAGUUUAUAUUAGCAUAUGAAUCAUUUCCAUGAAAAUCCCAAAGAAAACCCCAAACUCUCGAAGUGCUAACUAGCCUUUCAACAACAGCAACAAAAAAAUGAGUCUUGGGGUACUGCUUCACCCUAGAGUGGCUUUGAGAGAGCCCUGAAGAUUGGGGACAGUUCACCUGAUUUGGAGAUAUUCCCACAUCAGUUGUGACCGUCCCCCACCCCUUGAUGAUCCUCUGCAUUCAUUUUAUGCCCCUAAACAUCGCAAUGCAAAUAUCACCUUCGCUGUUCCAGCUCACCGGAAGAACCCCCCACCUGCAGUAAAAACCACUCGUACGUUAGUUCCUUGUAAUUACCUGCCGGUAUCUAAUUCCACACAGCCUUUAAUCUGCUGAGUUAUUGGAUUCUGUUCACUGAGUUAUGACCAGGUAACUAAUAGCUACAUGCACAUGAAAGAUACAAACUUGUAUGAUUUUUCAAGCAUGUCAUGCAAGUCUGUAGCAGGAGCGGUGAGGGAUCACUCCGCACUCUCACUGUCAAGGUUAGCUAUGUCCCCAGUUGCAAAAGAGCCAGAUGAGCUCUGUUCUGGUCAUCUUUGAGUUUAAGACCCUAUGCGGUAUAAUAAGGCUGUGGAAGUUGGCCUCCAAUGGCUGAGGCCACGUUGUGAAGAUGACUGCUGGGAGCGUCCCAGCAGCUGAACCCAGCACUUUUCAUGCUCCCGGGGUGGCGGAGCUGGACGUUCGCAGUCUCAGCACUCACACUUGCAGACACACACACAGACCAAGGAAGCCCGAGAGACUCUUCCGAGCCUCUAACAUGGGGAAAUGAUCAUAGAAAUGACCCCGAACACCCAAGGAGGGUGUCACAUAUACAAGUGAAGCUGAUGGCUUUGCAGUGACUCCAGUUGUCUGUUUGUAUGGCUUACCAGGUAGAAUGCCUGACUAUUACUAUAUAUAAUGAAGCCCGCUGGCUUGACUUGUAAGUUCAACCUAGACCACGAUCCUAGACCAUCAUGGAUUUAGGAAUAGAUUCUUCUUGAAAUUCAACCUCCAGAAACUAGACAUUGGAGUGCUAGGGGCAGUUUCCCAGGGAAACAAGCAUAUUGCCUCAUGAAUGAAAGACUCGUACCUCUAGUUUCAGCGAGCCAUUAAUAUCUACAUUACACACAACAGGGAGGCAGCAGAGAGUCCCGCUCGCUGCCCGUAUGCGUCACCUCUGGUGGCUGAGUGUAAAACGUGUGCCAAAUCAGCAGCACGAUGAUCAAAUCUGACAGUCGAGCUCAGGAUCACCACCUGAUUACUUUGCAGACCCACUUGUAAAGCAGCUUAGAAACCAAUUAAACAUGGAGGGUGAAUUGCCUUCCCAUCCCUGGAGAUGAGACGUCUUUCGGUUUCAUGAUUAAGGAUUGUUGCUGUUUUCCAGGCACUUGAUUCAUCACAUUGUAAAUGGUGAUGUGUGUUGUAGGUGUGCAGCUAUUUGAGGGAUUGAGAUAUUUUGUCAAGUAAAUCUCUUCGGUGUACCACUUUGUGGGAGGGAUACAAGACAUGUGGAUGGCAGCGAGAGAUCCUGCCUUGAGGCCUUGAUGGAGGCUUGGUGAGACACAACUCAGUAAGCUCAUGGAGGUAGGGAGAUGGGCAGCCACCACUAUGCCUUCACUUGUCACCCAAGCUCCAACCACAGAGAGUUUGACAAGUUUGUGUUAUGAUGUUGGCUUGGCUUUGUAUUUUUAAUUAACUUUGGAUUUUUUAGUGGUUUUGUCAUAUUACUGUCUGAGUUUGGUAGGUAGGAUUAAUUUGAAAAGAGUAUACUCGUGUGGUCCUCGGGGUAGAAUUUAGCCGUGAGCAUGUUGUUAGCCAGCCUGUAGACUGUUAAUUACUUAAUAAUCUCAUUGGGAAAAUACUAGUAGUUGUAUAUUUGGAUGACAUAAUUGGAAAAGCAGAUUAGCUGCUGCUAACUUUGCAAAGACUCGAGAUUGGGAUGCCUUUUUCCCAUGUAACGACAGAAAAAGAUUCAACUCUUCGGUCAGUAACCAAGUUGCUAAAUUAGAAAGAAACCAUUGGCUCAAAUGUGUUUGGCUGAGUUUCCAAAUGGAUGGAUUUUCAUUGGGACAGUACCUUGCCUCAUGCAUUGGAUUGGGUCUUUAGUGGAAAGAGAACUCCUUCUGUCGUUAUCUUUCCCAAAGCUAAUUCAGAUUAUGUUUUAUUCAAAUUUGCAUCCCAGAGGUUGAAGUGGGAAAGUGAAGUUGGAAAGCAUUUCUGAAGGCAGAAUCGAUUUAGCCGUGGGGGUGGAGCCCUCGCGCACGUCUCAACAGACAUGAUAAAAUUCACCUGCGUGAGUUGCCAGGUGGGCGCACCAAACUGGACCACUGGGUAGGACUACUCAGUAAGGCAAUGAACUGCUCGCUUAGAGAAGCAUCACUCUCCCCAUUGAGCGAACGUGUGGCGAGACGCUAUAGCUACACAACAUGGAAUGGAUGGGUCGAAUCAGUGCCCCCAAAUUCAAUUCUGGGGGGGAACUUGGAGCCAGUUGUGGCUGCGCUGUACGCGACUGGCAGACUAAAUUCUUCUUCCUCGUCGUGGUUGUCGUCUGUUGUUCUUGUUGUUUCUCGUUUCCACUCGCACAGCCUUAUUCUCAGCAUUAAACUCGGAUUCAUUUUCUCUUCGGUGUUAGCAGACUCCAACAACAGGAAUGGCAUCCGUGUAUUGAUAAUCAGCAUUUACCCUGGCAGGAGGCUAAUCGGAUAGGCUGGUCUCAGACAUGAAUCCUACCAUCUGAUAUUUUUGGGGAAAGACAAAGUAUGAGUUCCCUUUCCAUUCUCCUCCUCACCAAUCUAGAAGCCCUCUUUACCAAGAGCAUCCCGUUUUCCUCUGUAACCCAUCGACUCAAAGAAGAUUGCAUUAUGGGGAGGGCAGACGGGGGUGGGGGUGGGGGGUGGCCAGGCAGCAGUUCUCGCCCCUUUCUGCUUCUGGCCUGAGGUGGUAAUGAACCUUUCAUCAGGCUCACCGUGGGUUAGGGGACCCAGAAUUGCUCAUUCUGAUCCAUGAUCAAUCAUCGUUCUUCUAAGAGAUUGGAGCUUUGCUGUUUCAUUAACUGUGCAGUGUAGACUAAUGGUGUUUAAUAAAAAUCAUUCAAAAUUUCAAA